UAUAUAUCACACAUAUAUAUCCCCUUGUGUUUCUAAAAAAAAUUUAAAAGGUUUUUGGGUCUGUGAAUGCAUUGCAGGCAGAACUCGUCAUUAGUUUUUCUUUUCUCAGCAGCAGACUGUGGAGUUUGAGUCGCUGGGUUGAUAAUUGAUAAGAUCAUCUGAUUAGAGCUGAUCAGAUCAGAUCGAUGGGCAAGAUGAGCAGUAGCUUCAGAGGUGAGUGAAAGCAAAUUUUUAGAACGAGGGCGGGGAACGGUUAGAUUUCACUUACACUGUGCCUGGUGUUCUGCUGAUCCGUCUGUACUCAGAGUACGCCCUGCACUCUGAGAGCGGGAUGCAAUGAUUAACUUAAUGGAAUAUAUAUUCCAACAGCGCACCUAAUGAACAGUCCUCAGUGCUCAUGGAGAGUUAGUAGUGUCCCACACAGUGGAAGUAAACAAUUUGCAAUUAUGCGGUCAGUGUCUUACACCUCUAGACCACCAGGACUCACUAAAUAUUGGAUAGGAAUUUUGAGUCUUUGUUGCUGAAGACUCCCUAAUUUGUACAUGCAGUUUAAAGUAGAGGUGUAAAUGUAUAGUUUUAGUCAUUGUCAAAAAUAAAGCAGUUCCAGAAGAUGGACGAAUUUGGAUCCUGCUGUUUGACUUGGUCACUUGCCCUCGUAAGAUAAAGGCUCGGACAUACCCUCCGCAUUGAAUGCCUUCAGACAGCUGCAGUCAAGUGGACAUGCUCGCAGUUCUGUUUUAGUAGAGUUCUCUGCAGUCUGAAACAAUUACAGCUGGAAACAAACUGACCCAUGUGAGUUGAAGCCUGAACCCGGCCCAUCUGAGAUCAUCACAUAAAAUACCGAGCCUAAGCCUGACCAAGCCCGAUACCCCCCAAAAAGCACUAGUCAGCUUCUAUCGCCCGGAACACACUAUCCGUGUCCAUGCAGUAAAAAAGAAGGCUGAGAGGGUGGACUUAACCGUCUUUGUACUCCUGACUUUGGGUGAAAGUCAAACUAAACAUUUAUUAGCCCCUUUUCCACUGCAGGAACUUUUAUCAUUUACCUGGCAUUUUGAAAAACCUCAGUGUGUUUCCCCCGAAAUUGUGCCAGUGCUGAACUCCUCCACAUACACACACAUCCACACACACACACACACACAUACACACACACGUGUACAUGUAACCGGGAUGAAAAUCUAUUUAAUCCAAGGAGGACGUCCGUUAUUUAAUGGUUAUUUUAUGUUAUGUUAUGUUCAUUAUUAAUAUAACAAAGUCUGCCAUAUGAGUGCGUAAGUUCCGGUCACGUAGUGUUGCGUCGUCACGUACGUACCUGGGAGGCCGCGGCUGUCCAAUCGCGUCGCUCGUAGCGCCUGUUACAAGCUGUCUGCUCCGUCUCUCAUUCAGAAGGUGAGGGGAAGCAUGCGGAGCAACUGCUACAGGUCGGUCGCUACAAACAAAUACUAUUUUCACUCAUAAAUUCUUGGUUAUAUCAUUCUAAAUGCCGCUGUUAGAUCAUUCAACCCUUUUAGACAUCAACCAGCGUCGGGGAGGGAUAAGUUGGUCGUGUGGUGCGUUGGAUAUAUUCUGGAAUUGGCUAGGUGCUUGUACGGACGCAGAAUCGAAUCGAUGGCGAGCUAAGACACUGGCUUGGAGCCAAGCAAUCCCAGUUAAGAGCUCUCCUGGUCUGGUAGGAGGCUCUGGCAGCCUUGUUCCCCCCUCACCUUCUCUUACACCCACACACACACACACGCACUCGCACUUUGAGGCUUCUAGCCCAUGGACAGUUGACAUAUUGGACUCUACCUUUGCGACGCACAUGCUGGACUGUUUUGAGCGCCUCAUCCUCUAUGAAUUCUGUGCCUUUGCGAUACGCAACAUCGUGUGUGGAACGGCUGCCAUAUUGGCUACAACUGAGACUGGUUUUGAUUUGAAUGUUGUUGAUGCAUCAGACGUGUCAAGUGCACUUUUCUAUUUAAUUCAUGUACUCUGCAGACUGUAAAUAUUGGGGUCACUGUAUGUAUUGUCACGCAUUAAUAUAUGGUACCAACCGCAUCUGAAGUGCUGUUUGUUGUGUUUUAUUGUACCACUACCUCUAAGAAUCGAACCUGUCUUCUGUAGACCUAGGCCCAAAAGCUAGCUUAAUACUAAUAUAAUAAUCAUACCAUAUCACCAUAAUUUAGCCUGUGUACUUGCUACAUACACGACACAGUAACCAGUGAACAGCCGAGCAGCCGCGGUGGAAAGAAGUGAAGAUAACUCAAAAAUUACUCGAGUUGACGGCAGCUACACUUGUUACUGUAAGUGAAAUUAAACCUUAGCGAGUCAGAAGCCAAUACUUUAUCAAUACAUGUGUUCUGCAAACAUGAACACGUAAACAUGUACAGUAGACAGCGUUAUUGAAUAUGCCCCGUCCACAGUCUUUCAUCCACCGUCACUAAUGUUAUGUCUUACAUAAGGACAGCACGCUAGUUUGGCUGAUAAUGAAUUGUUACUAACAAGCUCAAAUGACAGCUGUCUGUUUGUAGAGUAACUUAGUUUGACACUUAUCUUAAAAUACUUUUAAACUUAGCUGUUGGCUGAGACAAACAGCCCUUACUCUCUACACCAGCACUAUGUCACCAGCCAAGAAGCUGGCGGAGCCAAAUAUAGGGCACACGUGGAAUCAUCUAUGUCAUGCGCCUGAUUUGAAUACAUUUUCCGGAACUUUGAGGUACGGUGGAAACGCAAACCACACAGAUUACCAGGAAUUCUUUUACCCAGGUAAAUGAAUUCCUGGUAAUAAAAGUUCCUGGAAAUGUUGGUUGAAAAGGGGCAAAUGCUGCUGGAUCUAGGGUGAAUGUCAGUCAAACAUCCAAAAGUAAUUUCACUGAGGUGAGGUGGCUGUGGAUGGCUUGACAGCAGUGUUUUGUAGGGAUGCCCAAUCGGGGCCAAUCAAGGCAUUUUUUGACUGACUGGGAUCCGCUAUAUCGAGCUAUAUAUAGAGGAUCCAAUUCUUUGUUUAACUUCAGCUAUCAUGUAGAUGUUUUUACUUGUGAAGCUGUUGGGAUUCACAGGACCACAGAUCAUUUGUUAUUUGUUAAAAUCUAAACUGGACAUGUGAUGGCUUUUCUCCCCUGCAUGCUCUUUGUUAUUUAAACAAAGACAGCUAUUUGACACUCAUCUCCACAGGGGGUCACCUCACACCUCCCAGUGAGACCAGUCGUCAAACUUGAUUGGACAGUACUGUUACAGUUACAUGCCCCUCUGUGAUCUCACUGUAAGAAACUCUAAGAUAAGUCCUGCAUUCUCUCAGAGUCUUCCUCUUUUCUGCUGGGCCUGGAACAGCCCAGAUGCUCUCUUAAGCCUGAUUUAUGGUCCUGCGUUAAAUCAAUGACCUAGCUACGUCAUUGCCGUGACGCCGUCGUGAACCCUUCAAACUUCUCCGUCACUCCAGUUCGUCGCGGUGCAAUUCACCGCCAGAGCGGUAGGGGGCUGCGUUCCUUUCCUGAAUGGUUAUCGUCGUCUCUAGUUGAUUCUUUGUUUAGCUUCCGUUUUUUCCGGUCACAGUGAACAAUGGUGACCGAGAGAGAGAGAGAAUCUUGCUGGAGCUGGAGUUGUUGGAUGUCGAAGAAUGUUAAUACUGCAACAUCUACAUCGCAACAGAAGAAGGAGGAGGAGAAGUAGGAGAUGUGAUGUGCACCCACUGAACCAAUCGAGGCAGAAUACGGGCGAAUUUUCAGUGCUUGUUCGACCUCUAUGAGACCUGGACGAAGAAAUGCACUUCAGGUACUUUAGAAUGUCAGCAAGUCACACACUCCAUGCCUGUUGAUGUUGCCCAGAGACUUGCAGUCACUUUGAGAAUUUUAGCGUCUGGUGGCAGCCAACAGGCUGUUGCAGCAAGCUACAAGUUGUCCUCCAGCACUGUGUCUGCUGUACUGUCAGAGGUCUGCAAAGCUUUAUGGAGGGCCCUGCAGCCUGAAUUUCUUCCAUGCCCUUCAACUAGCCAGUGGGAAGCUAUUGCUGCAGACUUUUGGCGAUUGUGGAACUCCCGAACUGCAUAGGAAGCAUAGGAAGCACGUCAACAUAAAGGCACCGCCACGCUCCGGGAGUGACUACUUCAGCUACAAGGGUUGUCACUCCAUUGUUAUGAUGGCAACGUGCGAUGCAAGGUAUCGCUUCACCAUGUUGGACGUGGGCGGAUAUGGAAGGAAAAGCGAUGGGGGCAUUUUCAAGGAGAGCAAAUUUGGUUCGAUGCUGCCAUGAGCUCAAUGUGCCCGCACCAGCAAAACUCCCCGGAACAGAAGUCCAGAUCCCCCAUGUGAUUGUCGGCGAUGCUGCCUUCCCCCUAGACUGCAAUCUCAUGCGUCCCUUCCCAGGGACAAAUCUUAGCAUGGAGAAGCAGACCUUCAAUUACCGUCUUUCCAUAGCCAGGUGGGUUACUGAAAACAGCUUUGGAAUCAUGGUGGCAAGGUGGAGGAUUCUUCGGCGACAUGUUGAGUUCCUGCCAGAGAAGGCCGUGGAUGUUGUAAAGGCAUGUGUUGUCCUGCACAACUACCUGGCCUACACCGACAAACUGAACACACCAGAGACCAGAUACAUACCACCAAGCUUUGCAGACUCGGAUUCAGGUGGAUCAGUGGAGCCUGGGGAGUGGCGACGACUGGUAACAGGGGACUCAAAUCUGGUGGGAUCCAUAGAUCCCUCACAGAUGUCAAGGAGCCGUUCCACCAGAGCUGCCCAGGCUGUCCGCAAUGAUUUGACUGCCUUCUUUCAGUCACUGCAGGGAAUUGUGCCAUGGCAGAACGACAUAGUGUGCAGUGGCACUCUUGGCUAGUACAGAUCAAAUUCUGAAUACUGAAAGUACAUUGAGUCAGUGAGGAAAAACUGAGUCAUGAUAUUAUUGAAAUUGCUCAUAUUGCUGUCAUCAUGUUUUGUAAAUGGAUGUUUUGGGAAUAAACAAGUCCAAAUGUGUGCAGUGAUAAAUGUUUCGAUGUUUUCAUAGUGUCAAUAUUUUCAUCUAUGAAAUAUUCAAAAUUGUGUAUCAUUAUUUCCCAGAGGCCAGUGCAACAUUCCUUUUGAGUGGAGCAAAAUAAAUACAAUUUAUUUCCUCAUCCUAGUAUUGUUUUUGUAAUUCCACUAACAACAGCUAUAGGUGAUAACGAGAGAAAA